GCCCGCCCACUGCUGGCACGGGAGCCGCGGGGCGGGGCGGUGUUGCCGGCCGGGCCAGGCCUGGCCAUGGCGUCUGCGGACCCUGGUGGCCGCACGGCUCGGACUUCCACUGUCGGGUCCCGGGCAGGCGCGGGCCCGGAGCGUGCGGCGGGAGCUGCAGGCCUGUCCUCAGGAAGGAGAGGCGGAGAGCGUGCCCCCGCGGCCGUGGAGAAGCGCGGGCCGUACACGGUGGCGCGCGCGCCGUCGGUCCAGGCCAAGCUGCAGAAGCACCGGGACCUGGCCAAGGCAAUGCUGCGGAAGAAGGGCGUGCUGGGCGCCCUGCCGAGCCGCCCCAACUCUUCAGGGAAAAGGUCAGUGAAGUUUAACAAAGGCUACACUGCUCUGAGCCAGAGUCCAGACGAGAACCUGGUGUCCCUCGACUCUGACAGCGAUGGCGAGCAGGAAUCCAGAUACUCCUCCGGGUACUCCUCUGCCGAGCAGGUGAACCAAGAUGUAAACCGGCAGCUGCUACAGGAUGGCUACCACCUGGAUGAGAUUCCAGACGAUGAGGACCUGGACCUCAUUCCCCCUAAGCCUGUGGCUUCCUCCACAUGCUCCUGCUGCUGGUGCUGCCUUGGGGACUCUUCCUGUACCCUCCAAUAGACAGAAGCCUCCAGCACAGGCCCUGCUUACCACGAGGCAGACAGAGCCUGGUGGCCUUCAUAGCUCAAGAGCACAGUGGGGACAGCUGUCAGCCCAGAAUCUCUGGAGGCACUGGCCCGCUGCGAUUGGGGACCUGCAAGGAGCCCUCACCCAGUGCUUCUCGAGCCAGAGGCCCAUUGGGCCAUGGGGUUGAUGAGUGGCAUUCUGCAGUUUCCCUCCGUUGUCGGUGCAGAGUUUGGAAAAGCUGCUUUAGUAAGGGCGGGAGCAGAGGAAUUAGGGUUCAUAUGGUGGCUGGAGGAGGUGGCUGAGAAGCACACUGGCAGACGUUUUGACUGGUGUUUGCUGUCAGGGGAAGGGACAGCUUUUGUGUCCGGGCAAUGUUGUAUGGAGGUGGAAGAUAGCACUUCAUGGCUCGAAGCUGGGACUCUGAAGAGAAAUUUAACUGGGACAGCUCAGGAAAUUCCGUAUGUUGCCCUCCUCUUCCCGGCUGUUAGGUGGGUUCUUAGAUGUAAGCUUCGAGAGCACAAUGCAGGUCCCUCUGUUCCCUCUUCAGCUCCUGUCACUAUGGCAGGAAAUAUAGCAGGUUGCCAACAGGAUCGUGGCUUCCAGAAUCCCUGGACCUGGGACAGCUGUCCAGUGGGUUAACACUGGUUGGCCCCUCCCUACUUAGAGGAAAACUGCUUUAUGUUAGACAUUUAUUUAUUUAUAUUUCUGUAGUCUUGGCUGGCUUCUCCACCCAUCUUGAGCUGAGGCUGCCUUGAAGGUACUGGGGCUAGUGCCAGGCGCCUGCAGGUUUUUUUGCUCCCAGCAGAGGGAGCUAUUGGGCAGUCUUGUGCCUUCUUGUUCAGCCUUUUUACUCUGGAGACAGCAGUGGGUGCCUUUGGUGUACUGGUGGUGUGGCUUGGAUGAAGACCCAAGCCAGGCAGGAUGGGAAGAAGAGACCUGAGCCAGCUCCCAGGAGCAGUAACCCAGUGGCCAGUGCAGCGGCCUCUCCAGCCUGGGCCAUCCUACGGCUAGACGACUCUGUGCCAGAGUAGACCUUUACUAGCUCUUGCCUAGUGUGCGAGGCCCUGGAAAAACCACAAGCACUGGGCUUUCCAGCAUGCCUUCGGGUGAACCCUGCCGGAGAGUUUCUCUUGCUAUCCCAAGCCUCCCCUGGAAUGAGUUUUAUGACCCCCGCCGCCUUUCUUGCCUUACUCAGGUGUGCAGUUGGAAAGCGGGUGCACAGGGUUCAUAGCCCGAGGUGCAUGGUAGUCAGGAUGAGGGUGUACAGCAUCCAGUCUCUUGCUUCGCACAUGUUCUUUGACCACUGAGGGACAGUAGAGACUCACAGCUCCACUAGAAGAGGCGGGUAGGAAAGGAUGGCUGGACUGUUCCUUGUCAAGACACUGUCCCCAGGAAGGCCAUCCUGGCAGUGCUUGGUAGCUUCUGUGUUUCUGAGGCUGGGAGGUUGAGGAGUGCACUCCAUCUUGGGCUGUGACUGAUUAUUCUGCUGCUGGCAGUGCUGCAGGAUGGAGAUGGAUAGAGACUCAAGGCCUAUCAGCUUGGGGCUGGGAUAGGUGAGGUGGUGGCUACUUUGUUCUGCAGUGGGACUCUUUAACUACCCAGGCACUUCAUAUUGAGCUGUCCACAACACAAAGACCACAUAUAGGCCUCUCGGGUUUCUGUAGGGGGAAGAGCGCACAUCAGAAGGUGGGGGGUGAAGUGCAGUGUGGAGGAGGCUGGGGUGGGGACACUCCGUGACACCAGAGGGGAACAUGGAAGCCACAUGUGGGGCCAUGUUUGAGGGGGCCCUGGUUAGAACAGAGUAUACUGGGCAUUUGGGAACCCAGGCUAUGCCCUCUGUGUGGUCACUGUUGCAGUGGGAUGCUUGGACUCCAACAGCUCCCUGAGGGGAGUCCUACAGGAAGGCCUUGUGGCGGGGCACACAUGGUCAGCUGUUGGGGCAGGGUCGCAGACCAAAUACUACCAAUUAAGGCACCAAGGUGCCCAGAGCCACGCUGCCUUAAUUCAGAGCAAGGUAUGCAGUACAGGUGACAGUCCCCUGGGGGAGGGGUGCCUGGGGCUCCCUCAGGCAGGAGUGGUUCCACCUUGUGUUCACACAGUGCUUGACAGACCCCUUGGCUUGUACUUCUGCAUUCUGUAUGCUCAUGAAUAAAUAUAUCCAUGCUAGCUGA